AUGGCUCCUGUCGGAAGUACUCUUCGCCAGCUCGCUGUGCUAGGCGGUCAUCUAGCGUUCUCUUCCAGCGCGCCUGUGCCCCUGAUCCAUACCCAGGGCUACCGGCCCAAGGGUGACUUCACCGCAGUCGAUGCCAUCCUCGGCAACGAGCCCAAUGAUGACUCCAAGGCCCGUGCCAGUCAGCAGCAGUGUUCUCAACGGGACAGUCCGUCCGUCCUGGACCCGGACCAGGUCGGACGCCAUUUUGUGGUCCCGUCCGGUCUUUUCCUGAACUUGCCCGACAUAUAAGAGUCAAGGACCAUCCACCGACAGUUCCCUGCCGUCACCCACAGUCACCCACCGUCCCCUGCCGUCCCUUAAACCCCCAGCCCUUCCCCACCGUCCCCCACCGUCCCCCGCCGUCCCCCACGACCCCCGGCGGUCCUAUGUAGUCACCUGCCGUCCCCUACCAGAAGUUGCCUCAGAUCAUGGGGCUCAUCGUCCUACUCGAGUCGAAGUUCCGCCAGCACUUGGUCAUACUCAUCCUAGACGAUGCUAGCGCGCACUCGAAAGUUCUCGUUCCGCGCAACUAUCUACCUCAGCACGGCAUCUCGAUCGACGAGUUUCUCGAGCAAUUCAGCUCGCGACAGCAAUGGAGCCGGGGUCAAUUUGUUUUCGAGGAGCUUCGAGUGGAUGCGAUCAUCGGCGGGGCGGUCAUCCUUGUCCCGCAUAGCGCCGGACAGUCCUCGGACACAAUCAAUCCCGUUGCCUUGGACGAGAGUGGAUCAUCGGCGAACGUCACACUGGUGCCAGGAGCCGACGGCAAAGUGACCGUUCGUAAGUCCGCUAUCGGGUACGGCAUUGAUGGCAACGGCGCACCAUGGCUGCGACGGCAGUCGCUGUUCUUGUGGGCGAGUCAGGCUGUGAAGAAGACGGGCAUGUUCAUGGUGCCUGAUGAAGUCAUCGACAACAACGGCGACGUCACCCUUGUGCUGCCAUACAUCCCGAGCCACUCGUUUGGAGAGCUGGUGUUUGCCAAUGUGGGCGCCGAGUCCAUGGUGACGGCCAUGGUGGACAUGCUUGCCCGAAUGGCCACCUCCGUCUGGACCGAGGGUCAGGAAGUCAUGCAGCCCAUACUUCAUCAAGAAGGCGCACUUUGCUCGGAUGAGGAGGCGUCUCAACAUCGCCCGUGA